AUGAUAGUCGUGGUCGACCUGCUGCUGAUGCUCGUCGAGCUGCUGUGUUCGGUGGCGAGCGCCAUCGUCCGGACCAUCCUCCGGCCGCGGCUCAAGGCCGUGGACGGGGAGCUGUGUCUGAUCACGGGCGCCGGAGGGGCGCUCGGCCGGCUGUUCGCCCUGGAGUUUGCCAGGGAGGGCGCCCACCUCGUCCUGUGGGACUGCGACGCCGGCGCAAACGAGCGCACCGCCGAGCUGGCCCGGAAACACGGAGUCGAGGUGUACACCUACACGGUGGACCUGUCCCGGCGCCACAGCGUCUACGAGACGGCGGACCGGGUGAGGCGCGACGCCGGGGACGUGACCAUACUGGUGAACAACGCGGGGGUGGUGGCCGGGCGGCGGCUGCUGGACUGCCCCGACGAGCUGCUGGAGAGGACGCUGCUGGUCAACUGCCACGCGCUCUUCUGGAUGACAAAGGCCUUUCUGCCUCGGAUGAAAACACAGCACCGUGGCCACAUCGUCACCAUUGCCAGCGCUCUCGGCCUAUUCAGCACUGCAUGUGUAGAGGAUUACUGUGCAAGCAAAUUCGGCGCAGUUGGCUUCCACGAGUCGCUGACUCACGAUCUGCAAGCUGAGGGCCUGGGCCAGGGCAUCAAAACCACUUUAGUCUGCCCUUACAUCGUAGACACGGGGAUGUUUGCAGGUUGUGAGAUAAGGAAAGAGCUUCGGAGCCUAAUUCCACCCCUGGAUCCGCUCUACACCGUGCAGCAGUCUAUGAAGGCCAUUUUAGGGGAGCAGCAGAUGAUCUGUAUUCCACGUCUCAUGUACAUACCGUUCCUGGCCCGGGCCUUGCUGCCAUGGGAGGCAAAUGUUGCGACGUAUCGCUUCAUGGGAGGUGACAAGUGUAUGCUGCCCUUCAUCAAGAACACUGAGCAGAAGACCUCCAAUGGCAGCGUGAAAUCCUCCUGA